AUAUGAUACCACCUCAAUUUUCCCUCUUUCUUCUCAGACAGGAAAGGAAGGCCUAAAGGCUAAAGCUUCAUUUCUAUUUUCAUUCUUUUGAGUCUCACACUCACACCCUCUGUUUCUGAAGACAGAACACUUUCCAUGGCUUCUGCUCUGUCCUACAACUCCAUGAAUCUCUCUGCUACUGUUUUCUCAAGGACCAAUCUCCCGAUUCCGAUCACCAGAGACUUCCCAGUUGAGAUUUCACCUUAUGUUCCAUGUAACUACAAUCUCACAAGCAGAGCAAGAACAGGGCAGAAGAGGAGUUCGACUGAGGUCAGCGCCACGGUGGCGACCAGAGAGAACAACACAGUUUCAAGUAAGAGUUCUGAUCAGAAGAAGCUUCGGGUUUUGGUUGCUGGGGGAGGAAUUGGAGGGCUGGUUUUCGCUUUGGCUGCGAAGAAGAAGGGGUUUGAGGUUAUGGUGUUUGAGAGAGAUUUGAGUGCUGUGAGAGGUGAGGGACAGUACAGAGGUCCAAUUCAGAUACAGAGUAAUGCCUUGGCUGCUCUGGAAGCUAUUGAUAUGGAUGUGGCUGAGGAGGUUAUGAGAGUUGGGUGUAUUACUGGUGAUAGGAUCAAUGGCUUGGUUGAUGGAGUUUCUGGAACUUGGUAUGUCAAGUUUGACACAUUCACUCCUGCAGCGGAACGGGGGCUUCCGGUUACCAGAGUCAUAAGCCGAAUGUUGUUGCAGCAAAUCCUUGCUGGUGCUGUUGGUGAUGAGAUUAUUUUUAAUGGAAGUAACGUGGUUGAUUUUCAGGAUCUUGGAAACAAGGUUAAUGUUGUACUUGAGAAUGGAGAGUGUUACGAAGGUGAUCUUCUGGUUGGAGCUGAUGGUAUCUGGUCGAAGGUAAGGAAGAACUUAUUUGGACUAGAGGAAGCUGUGUACUCGGGUUAUACUUGUUAUACUGGUAUAACAGAUUUUGUGCCUGCUGACAUUAGUUCUGUAGGGUAUCGAGUAUUUCUGGGGCACAAACAAUACUUUGUUUCUUCAGACGUAGGUGCAGGAAAGAUGCAGUGGUAUGCAUUUCACAAGGAACCAGCUGGUGGUGCUGAUGCCCCCAAUGGUAAAAAGGAAAGGUUGCUUAAAAUAUUUGGUGGCUGGUGUGAUAAUGUGGUAGAUUUGCUACUUGCCACAGAGGAAGAUGCAAUUCUACGACGCGACAUAUAUGAUAGGACCCCAACUUUAACCUGGGGAAAGGGUAAUGUCACCUUGCUUGGAGAUUCUGUCCAUGCUAUGCAGCCAAAUUUGGGUCAAGGGGGUUGCAUGGCCAUUGAGGAUGGUUAUCAACUUGCAUUGGAACUUGAAAAAGCUUUGAAGAAAAGCCAUGAACUCGGAACUCCUCCUGACAUUGCCUCGAAUAUUCGUACAGAAGAGCGAUCGAGAGAGAGUGCUUUGGUGUCUGACAGAUUAUUAACCGAUAAUACUCUUGUUCCAAAUGACGUGGCUCACUUUCUUUGA